GUAGAAACAAAACCACUAUUGCUUCUGCUUCUUUCUUGGGUGGGUGUCUUUAGAACACUGAAGAACAAAGAGCAAAGAAGAACAAAGAAGAUGAAGAGGGUUCUGUUGCUUCUUGUGUUUGUUGCUUUUGCUUUCAUUGUUAUGGUUCCUGAAGCUUCUGCUAAGAGAUGGCUUGUUGGUGAUAACAUGGGUUGGUCCUCUAGCUAUGGUGUCAACUACACUAAUUGGGCCAAGGGAAAGCAUUUCUACAAUGGUGAUUGGCUAUUCUUUGUGUAUGAUAGAAACCAAAUGAAUGUUCUAGAGGUGAACAAGACAGACUACGAAAAAUGCAAUUCUGAUCACCCUCUUCACAAUUGGACCACCGGUGCCGGAAGAGACGUCGUUCCAUUAAACGUGACUCGAAACUACUACUUCAUCAGUGGCAAGGGAUUCUGCUUUGGUGGCAUGAAGCUAGCUAUCCAUGUCGAGAACCUGCCGCCGCCACCAAAGGCUUCCCCAGAAGUAGCUGGAGCACCACCGGCGUUGUACUCGAGAAGCCAGGUUGUUCUGUUGCCCGUUGUCUUCGCCGUUGGGGCGGCAUGGGACACAUUCAUUCAUCUUUGGUAGCUAACUUGGUGAAUGGUAUAGUCAAAAUCCGACAAGAACUUUGUGCUCCACAUUUUUUUUUAAAAAAAAUUAAUCUUUGUUAUUUUUUUACCAAGAAGUAUUGUUGGUUACUUGGUGAAAUUAGUAGUUUGACCUUAAAAUGGAGGUUCAACUUUCAAGGAAGGGUGAUUGUUUUUGUUUCAAUUGUUAGGUAGUGUUUGGUGUUUUCUUAAAUUUUCAAAAAAGAGAAAAAAGAAGGCAUUAUAUUGUAUUUGUGCUAUGUUCAUGUGUUGUCCAGCAGAAGGCAGAAAUUGGUGGCAUUUUUAACUAAUUUGGAGAAUUCAAAUGCGGAAAUUGCGGGAAUGAAUGAUUUUUUUUUUCUUGUCUAGGACCAAUAAUAAUUGAUUAUAGGACCUUAUGUUAUGUGGAUCCAUGUGGGUGUGUAUUUCUUUUUUGUCUGAAAUGAAGGGACCAUGUUGAAAGUUGAAACAGCAUCCUUACGUUUUACCAACCAUCAAUUCUAGGCUUUUGAACCCAUCAUGAGUGAAUUCUCGAGAUUAUAUUAAUGGAGAGGUUCCUCCAAUUCAAAAGUGUACCUCAAUUGAACUUCAAAAA